GAGCUGCAUCCUACCUGGUUAGGAGGUGUAUUGCCUUCCCACACCCUGGCCUCUCGUACUCAUCCGAUUGUAGGGAGAGGAAGUCUUGGCUUGGGGAACUGGGCGAGUAAAGCGACCCAGAUGGGUACUUGGAAACCUUUUCUUUGCUCCCCCUUUCUUCCGUGGAAUCAAAGUAGAGGAGUAAGAUUGAUGCUCUUGUUACUGGCUUUGCAUUUGGGAAACUGUGUUGAUAAAGUAGAUGAUGAAGAUGAUGAGGAUUUAACGGUGAACAAAACUUGGGUCUUAGCACCUAAGAUUCAUGAAGGAGAUAUAACACAAAUUCUCAACUCACUGCUUCAAGGCUAUGAUAAUAAACUUCGCCCAGAUAUAGGAGUGAGACCCACAGUAAUUGAAACUGAUGUUUAUGUUAACAGCAUUGGACCAGUUGAUCCUAUAAAUAUGGAAUAUACAAUAGAUAUAAUUUUUGCCCAAACCUGGUUUGAUAGUCGUUUAAAAUUCAAUAGUACUAUGAAAGUGCUUAUGCUUAACAGUAAUAUGGUUGGAAAAAUUUGGAUUCCUGACACUUUCUUCAGAAACUCAAGAAAAUCAGAUGCUCACUGGAUUACCACUCCUAAUCGUCUGCUUCGAAUUUGGAAUAAUGGACGAGUGCUCUAUACACUCAGAUUGACAAUUAAUGCAGAAUGUUACCUUCAGCUUCAUAACUUUCCUAUGGAUGAACAUUCCUGUCCGCUGGAGUUCUCAAGCUAUGGAUACCCUAAAAAUGAAAUUCAGUAUAAGUGGAAAAGACCUUCUGUAGAAGUGGCAGAUCCCAAAUACUGGAGAUUAUACCAGUUUGCAUUUGCAGGUUUACGGAACUCAACUGAAAUCUCUCACACAAUUUCUGGGGAUUAUGUUGUCAUGACAAUAUUUUUUGACCUGAGCAGACGAAUGGGAUAUUUUACCAUUCAAACCUACAUUCCAUGUAUUCUGACAGUUGUUCUUUCUUGGGUAUCUUUUUGGAUCAAUAAAGAUGCGGUGCCUGCAAGAACAUCACUUGGUAUCACUACUGUUCUGACUAUGACAACUCUAAGUACAAUCGCUAGGAAGUCAUUGCCCAAGGUUUCUUAUGUGACAGCGAUGGAUCUUUUUGUUUCUGUUUGUUUCAUUUUUGUUUUUGCAGCGCUGAUGGAAUAUGGAGCCUUGCAUUAUUUUACCAGCAACAAGAAAGAAGACAUACCUAGAGACAGAAAAGUCAAAACCAAAGCCUCCAUGAUUCCUGGACUCCAUCCUGGUUCCACUCUGAUUCCAAUGAAUAGCCUUUCUAUGCCACAAAGUGAUGACGAGUAUGGAUACCAGUGUUUGGAGGGCAAAGAUUGCGCCAGCUUCUUCUGUUGCUUUGAGGACUGCAAAACAGGAUCUUGGAGGGAAGGAAGGCUACAUAUACGCAUUGCCAAGAUUGAUUCCUAUUCUCGAAUAUUUUUCCCAACAGCCUUUGCCCUGUUCAAUUUGGUUUAUUGGGUUGGCUACCUUUACCUAUAACUUCUGCUGGCUAGGCAAAAGUCAUAAAAAUUCAAGUCCAAUAUAACUGACUGAACAUCAGUAACAUGAAGUUUAAUUUAAUUUAAUUUAAUUUUUUAAAAUUCUUUUAUUGAUUCACCAUGUGGAAAGUUACAAAGCUUUCAGGUUAAAGUCUCAGUUAUACAAUGCUCAAAAACCCAUCCCUUCACCAAUGCACAUAUUCCACCACCAAGAAUCACAAUAUACCUGCCCCCUUCCCCCCAAAGUUUAAUUUUAAACUGCAGUGAAAUUGGUGGACAAAUGUGAAUAGCACUGUAUUUUUUUUUUAAUUUUAUUGAUUCACCGUGAGAUAUAGUUACAAGCUUUCUUGUCUGAGUUACAAUCACACAAUAAUCAAACACCCAUCCCUCCACCAGUGCACAUUCCCCACCACCAAUAUCCCCAGUAUACCAAUGUCCCCACCACCAAUAUCUCCAAUAUCCCCACCUUUCCCACCCUCCCACUGCCUUCAUGGCAGACAAUAUUCCCCAUACUCCCUGUCUACUUUUGGGCAUUACAGUUUGUGAUGCAGAUACUGAGAGGUUAUCAUGUUUGGCCCUUUAUCCACUUUCAUCACACAUCUCCCAUCGUGACCGAUUCCUCCAACCAUCAUUUUCUUAGUGAUCCCUUCUCUAUUUCAGCUGUCCUCUCCCCGCCCGCUUGUGAGGCGAUUAGCACUGUAUUAUUUUAAGGCUUUCCUGGGUAAAUAAAGUUACAGAAUUUGGACUGAUUUACUUAAAUUUAUAUAAAACAGAUACAGUGCAAACUUCAGUACACCAUCAUCUAUUUUACUUCUCUUUACUUCCCUUAUAUCCCAUUUGUCCCAUUUGUAUGACUUAUAAUUAAGUUGAAAUUAAAUACUGUAAUAUACAUUUUAUUUAACAAUAAUCUGUGAUUAUUUAUCAUGCUAGUCUAAUAUUUAUGUAGUCUUUUUCCCGGGAAUAUUGUUAAAAUUACAUUUUUUCUGUUUAUUGGAAUUCUCUGUUUGGAACAUAGCUAUAUAUAAAGCAUAAAGCCAUGAUUUCCUUCUCUUUAUUUCCAAGAUAUUUCCCAAAAUAAGCCCAUUUUAAAAUUCUUUUUUAAUAUUAAAAGACUAGUUUUUCCCUUUCUUCUAAUCCUGACUCAAUAUUGAACAGAAUCCAAUUUCACGUAAGUUUUAUUUAUAAACUCAGAUGAAAAACAUAAUGUUAUUUCUUUUAAAUUCCAGGUAAAUUAAAAUUAAGAAAAGUAUUACAUUUAUCCAUUUUCUCUGUCUCACAGAGAUUUUAAAAAAUGAAAAUACUACCACCACCGAAAUUAAGUACAGGGUGCAGUGAUCUUUUCUUUAUGCUCUACCAAAGUGUUAUUUAUUCUAAAUUAACAACAAUAUUGAAGAAGAUUGCUUUUAUUCAUUUUCAUAGUGUGGUUGCAGAAUUAUUAUCAGCAAAGCUGUAUUGAAUUUCACAUUUAGAAUAUGGUUUAAAUAUUAACUACUAACUUUAUGUUUGAAAUAAAUAUUUUCAAAAAACAAUAUUAAGGCUGUGUUGGUGAGAGUUUUGUUUGUGGCAACUAUAAUGAAUAUGAGUUUGGGUCUCUAAAUUCUAGGGGCAGAAAUAGAGGAAAUCUCACUCUUAUUCAAAGAAUGUCAAAUUUUAAACAAAACGAUUUCAAUCAUGAUGUGAAUGUACUUUUUUAAAAAAUAUUAUUUAUUAGAGCUGCAGCUUGUUAAUUGACUUGAUUUGCAAAAAAAUUUAUCAGUGGCCUUAUGAUUUGUUCAAGCGGGCACCAGUAACAUCUCUCAAUUGUAAGACUUAUUUGUUACUGUUUUUGGCACAUCCAAUACACCAAGGGUAGCUUGCCAGGUUCUGCCAUGCAGGCUUGAUACCGUCGGUAGCUUGCUGGGCUCUCAGAGAGGGAUGGAGGAAUCAAACACAGUUUGCCUGCGUGAAAGGCGAACGCCCUACUGCUGUGCUAUUGCUCCAGACCAACCUCAGUGAUCGCGAUUAAAAAUUGAUUGUGUAACCAAGAGCACCUAUCAGAAUGAAGAGCCCUUAAGAGUAAUAUCUUUCUUCUUAUAGGUGGAGUAAGGUACAAAAGCUAUUUUCAGACUUUAGUUUUGAGUAUGACAAUUUUCCCACAGUGCACCCGAAUAUAGGGGUGAAACUCUGGCUUAAUAUAUAUGUGUAUAUAUAAUUACACACAUAUAUGUAUGUAUAUAUACAUGUAUACGUAUAUAUGUAUUCUGGAGUUGCACUUGAAAUAUGCAUACUUUAUAUAUAUUUAAAAUUGUUUAAGUAAAUUGCAUUCCACCGUGUGUAUUCUUUAACACCAAUCUGAAGUUUUUACUUUCUCAUAUACCCCUGAAAAAAAUUGAGCAUGAAUUAAAUGAUAAUGCCCCAAAUAUACACCAGGACUGCAAGUUUUUUAGUUGGGAGCCAAGUUAAAUUUGUCCAUGUGCAUAAUAGAUUACAAAUUAUAUAUUCAUUACAAUAAUAUUGAGUAGUGAUGGAUACUACCACGAUGAGUUUUUUUAGGGAUAAAUGAACAAAUGAAGUACUUGUGAAGAGUCCAUCAUUUCACUAAAAUGUACCAUAAAUAUUUCAAUGUGCUAAGACAUAGUCUUUUCAUUAUCAUAGCGAUAUUUUUAAUUCUGGGACUUUUUCAAGUCAAUCCGAGCAUGACUAUAUUUUUAAAUUCUUUAAAGUACUUAAAUAACAUUUUCCCAUUGGUAUUUUACUAACUUGACUUUAAAUACAUUCAAGCUGAUGAUAAUUAUAAGUAAAGCUAAAAUACAUUAAAAAUAUGAGUGAUGUUUUCUAUGCAUUCACUGUAUAUACCAUUACUAACAAGUACUUUGUUUUCAAAGUCAAUGGUAUUUUAUUGGGAUCAAAGGCAGUGUAUGUUAAACAGUAUUAUUUAAUGAUAUAGAUUAAAAAGAAGGGUAUGCAAGUCAUAUUACUUUAAAAUGUGAAUUAAAAGGUGAAAUUCCAUUAUUCUUAUUAAAAUAAUUUUUUUUCUAAAAAAACAAAGCAAUUUAAUUUCCUUCUUUUAAAAUGUCUCCUGAACCCUCUGUGGUGGUAAGUUUUACAUCUUGGAAAAUUUUUUUAACUUCUUUUUUUAAUUGUGUAUUUAUCAGUCUCUCUGAAACAUGUGUUUCCUGGAUGUUUUCAAAUAUCUUAAAAUUCACAUAAAAUAUGGACACAAAGGACUAGAAUCAUUUGGAAAAAUAUUGAUUCAUAUAUAUUGAUCUUCUCAAUAUGUGACCAAGAUCUAGAAGUUCUAAGAAUGAGAAAUGUGAUUUACACAAUUUUAUACUUGAAUUGCAUAGAUAAACAGAAUUACUCUCACUUGAAAUCAAUUUUUAAAUUCUAAGUAGUUAUUAAAUUUAAAAAAAAAGGUGUAGCCGAGAAUUCAGUAAAUCUGACUAAAUACAAUGUUUUAAUGUAAGAAAACAUUAGUAAAUUCCUUUAAUCUAAGUUAAAACAAUAGAUAUUAUUAAGAGUCUAAACAUCCCAGUUUUAAGGCAAACACAGUAAAUGUAUUAAAUAUAUAAUCACCUAGCUUUCUCUCCUGUAAGUAUGUUCCUAAAUUAUGACAGGAAUAAUAAAAUAUAUUUUUGUUUAAGACCAAGAAGAAAAUUGAGAGCUUCACUCUUGUCAGUUAACCACUAAUUAAAUAAACCAUAAGUUGAAUUGUAUAUAAACGCAUCACAUUUUUAUAUCAGUGCCUAUAGUAGUUCUUACAAAAUUUCCUGUAGUAAGGUACAGUGAAACUACUUCACUCUCCUUCUGCUAUAUUUGAAGAUAUCCACAGACACUUAUUUGUGUUAAUCCAAAAUUCUGCAAUGAUUUCUAAAUAAAUGGUUUUUCUGUGCCUUCAUCAGUUUUAUCUAAUUUCUCAAUGUUAUUCCAUUAAAGUUAUAAUUUAGUGCUACAUUUCUUUUGUUCAUCCUUGUUUUCACUGCUAGAGAGUCCUUGUCAAAUCACUCUGAAGUCUUGGGUAUCAUCACCAAGUCUUUUUCAGACAUUCCAAAUAAAGUUUCCAAAAGCUAUUGACUACUUUGUUCAAGUAGAUACAAGGUCAGCUCUGUCUUUUACUUGUCUGGACUUUAGAAGUGACAUGUCUUUCAAAUAUUUAUGCAGCUCUUUCUACAUUUAAACUACUGAUAUGGAUACAAGUGGGGAUAUAUGACGAUGAGCUAUCAAGGAUCAUAUAAUAUAAUCAGAGGAUUAGUUACACAACUCAAAGAAGGGAAGAUAAGUAUAAAAAAAUUCUUGGAGGAUAUAUGUUUAGAGGUGUGAGCUUGAGAAUUCAGUGUCAAUAAGUAAAGUUGAGAUAUCACACUAUAGUUGAAUAAGCAGCUUAAAGAAACAGAAGAAUAAGAGCAAACAAUAAUUCUAUUUUAACUGAAAGUUAAGAAUUCUAUAGAGACAAGCAAAGGUGAGAUUUGAAAUAUAGGUCAAACACUUAGGAAAGUGGGGAAUAUCUGUUUUAGGAGACUAGAUGAUAUUUUUUGUUCAUUAUAAGUAUACAAAGAUACUGAAGUCGUCAGAGGUUAAUCUUAUUGAUGUGUGAUGUUUGAAAGGUCCUAAAAUACAAGAAAUGUGAGUUGUUGAAAGUCUGUCCUUUGUUAAUAGUUCAAUGGAAUGAUGAAAAUAUAGUCUGAAUAAGAAAGAAAAAGCGGCAGACAACACAGCAGGCUGUGAUUUGUUGAAUGUCAUACUAUGUGUAAAGAGUAAGAUCAUAUACUGGGUAGUAUAUAUUUGUGUCUAAGUAGUCUCUAAACAUAUGAAGGGAUUUCUGAAUAUAUUACAAUCCUGUUUGCUGUUAUCUAAACUUUUCAUUAAAUGCUUAUUUUUUCUAAUGAUACAUGAAUUUCCAUAUUAUAUAUAAAGAACACAUAUCUAAUGAAAUUUUACAAAGUAAGACAGAUCUGUUCAGAUUAUUUUUAAAACUCUGUUCUAUGCUUAAAGGGCUUUCUUAUCAAAUAGUUUUCUCUUCUUUCUUCAGCAAACAAAUAAUGUGUAUAGAGAAAAAUUGUAACCAGAAAGUUGAUUUCUAUUUCUCAGUUUUUGAACUUUUUUCUCAGCAUUAAUUUUGGGACGGUGAAAUAUGGAUCCUGUGUAAUGUGAAUAGUUGCUAUAUGUUUGUGAUAACACUAAUACUGCUAGGCAGAAAGGGCUAAACAGUGGAAUACUAAGACCUGAUUGACCUAAAUGGAAAUAGUUGGGAUCUCAUGAGUCACUAUAGCAGUUCUUUGCAUUCCUUGUGUAUGUAGUCACUUUGUAUAAUAAACUUUUAUGGCGUUGAUUCUGA